GACGUCACAGGCGCCGUUUAAAUGCCGGAGGGAAAGACGCGAGACGUUUAUCAGGCAGGCAGAGCAAAGUAGAGCAAAGUAGCUGUCAACACGCGGACUUGUCCACUCCUGCUCCACAACACUUGCCGACCAUGUUCCGCAGCAUUAAGGUGUUCGUGUUGUGUCACGGGCUGCUGCAGUUCUCCCAGCUGCUCUACAGCUCCUACUUCAAGAGCACCAUCAGCACCAUCGAGCGACGCUACGGCCUCAGCAGCUACUCCUCGGGGACGAUCUCCUCCCUGCACGAGGUGAGUAACAGCCUGCUGAUCGUCUUCCUCAGCUACUUUGGCAACCGCCUUCACCGCCCUCGCGUCAUCGGGAUCGGCGGCGUGUUGAUGGCCGUCAGCGCCUUGAUCCUGACCUUGCCUCACUUCCUGUCCCAGCCCUACGACUACGACUCUCUCCUGCUGAACGGACUGGACGUCUGCGACCCGCACAGGAACUCCAGCGCCUCCGAGUCCUGCGGCCGCGACGAGAGCCGGCGUCUGGCCGACACCAAGACCCUGUGGCUGUUCAUGGCCGCCGCCCAGUUGCUGUUCGGGGUGGGCUCGGUGCCCAUCCAGCCCUUCGGCAUCUCCUACAUCGACGACUUUGCGGCAGCCGGGAACUCUCCGCUCUACAUCGCCAUCUUGUUCGCUGUGUCCGUGUUCGGGCCCGCCAUGGGCUUCCUGCUGGGCUCCGUCAUGCUGCGGGUCUACGUGGACGUGGACAAAUGGGGAUUAGGCGCCCAGCAGGGUCUGAGGCCAGGAGACCCCCGCUGGGUGGGAGCCUGGUGGAUGGGCCUGCUCAUCACCUCCGCCUGCCUGGCGCUCACCUGCAUCCCCUACUUCUUCUUCCCGCGCAGGAUGCCUGCAGGGGAGCAUAUGAUGGAGACUGGAUCGGACGCCAGCGACGACUUCAAGAAGCCUCACGUGUCUUUAUGCGACUUCUUGAAGAUGUUUCCCCGGAUGUUCUUCCACCUCCUGCUGAGCCCGCUCUUCCUCCUCCUGGUCUUGGCGCAGUGCUGCUUCUCCUCCGUCAUCGCCGGCCUCUCCACCUUCCUCAAAAAGUUCCUGGAGCGCCAGUACAGCGCCUCCACCGCCGACAGCAGUCUGCUCGUAGGUGCUGUGAAUCUUCCGGCAGUGGCGGUGGGGAUGCUGAUUGGCGGUGUCAUCAUGAAGAAGACGGGAAUGUCUCUGAAGAACAUCCCACGCUUCUGUGUGGUCCUGUUGACCAUGUCCACCCUCCUCUUCAUCCCGCUCUUCUUCAUGGGCUGCUCCACGCAGAGAGUCUCCGAGGUCAAUCACUACCAAGUCGGACGGCACGGGUCCCCGUCCAUGUGUUACGCCAACUGCUCGUGUCCCGCCGGCGCCUUCAACCCGGUGUGCGGCUCCGAUGGCGUGGAGUACAUCUCUCCGUGUCACGCGGGCUGCACCCACUUCACCAAAAACCCCAACCACACACACCUGGUCCAGCUUUACACCGACUGCAGGUGCAUACCCGGCAGCCAGAGCCACGCCAGGCCAGCACCGUGUCCCAACAACUGUCCUCACUUCCUGCUGCCCGUCAUCCUGGUGGUCUCUGCGGGGGCGCUCCUGGCCUGCCUCACCCACAACCCCAUGUACAUGAUGCUGCUCAGGAGCGUACCAUCUGAAGAGAAGUCCUUCGCCAUUGGCGUUCAGUUCCUACUCCUGAGGCUUUUGGCCUGGCUUCCUGCGCCGGCUCUCUUCGGCAUGGCCAUCGACACCUCCUGCGUCUGGUGGAAGCGCGUGUGCGGCAGGAAGUUCAGCUGCGGUUACUACGACAACGACAUGUUGAGGAGCAGGUUCCUGGGCUUACAGGUGGGCUACAAGGUGAUGGGCGUGGUGCUGCUGGCCAUUCUGAGCUGGAAGGUGCAGCGGACUCAGGAGUACAGUCUGGAGAAGACGCCUGACGGAGUGCUGUGAGGGAACACCUCAGCUUCUGCAGGACUCACGCCAAUAGCUUCCUUCCCUACUUCCUGUCAGUACAGGCCAAACGUUUGGACACACCUUCUCAUUGACAACACAACUGAUGAUCCCUGCAGCCCCAUUGGUAAAGCAAAGAAUUCCACUAAUCAACCCUGAUAAGGCACACCUGUGAAGUGAAAACCGUUUCAGGUGACUACCUCUUGAAACUAUAUAUAUAAAUAUAUAUAUGUAUAAAAUGUGUAUGCUACUCCGUUGGUGUUGUUUUCAAAAAAAUGUCAUUUUAAGUGUAUCUGCACCUUCUUCCACGUGGGAGGAAGUCUAAUAUGAUGACGUUUUUACAUUCUUGUACAGACUUUCAGUUAUUUAUGUACAUACUUGUUUUAUUUUUUUUUGUACUGAAUCACAUUUUUUGUUGAGAUUUACCAA